CCUGCGUUCCUGCUGCCUCCACCCGCUCCUGCGAACGUUCUUUCGCAGCAGAGCAUCCCUCGCAACCACAGAGGACAGAAGACAACUAUCGCAACUUUGUCUGCCAUGAGCGAUACUAUGGAUGCCCUCGACGAGAAGGCGAACGGAGGUCCGCCGAUGGAAGUGGAAGAGAUCGUGUCCGUCCAUGAUCACGAUGCUUUCGCGGCCAAGCACAUGCCCGACCUAGGUCACGAAGUCAAGGACUUCACAGUGUUCUCUUGGAAGCUCAACAACUGGAAGAAGCUUGAGAAGAAGCUCACAAGUCCGGACUUCGAAUGUGGGGGGCAUAAGUGGCGUAUCCUCCUCUUUCCGUUCGGCAACUCCAACGCACCACCAAAUGACACGGUCUCUGUCUAUCUCGACUACGCUGACCCCAAACGCGCACCGGAGGGCUGGCACGCAUGUGCUCAGUUCGCUCUGGUCAUCUCGAAUGUUCACGACCCCACCAUCUACACCGUCAGCCAUGCACACCAUCGCUUCAUUGCUGAGGAAUGCGACUGGGGUUUCACGCGCUUUAGCGAACUGCGCAAGUUGUUCAGCGUGCAGGAUGGCCAUACACGUCCCACAAUUGAGGACGAGUCUGCGGACGUGAGCGUCUUUGUUCGUGUCUUGGAGGACCCAACGGGCGUCCUCUGGCACAACUUCGUCAACUACGACUCCAAGAAGGAGACCGGCUAUGUGGGCCUGAAGAACCAAGGCGCGACAUGCUACAUGAACUCGCUGCUGCAGUCUCUAUACUGCACAAGAUAUUUCAGGAAGGCCGUCUACCAAAUUCCCACGGAGGACGAUCAUCCAACAGAAAGCGUAGCUUUGGCCCUUCAACGCGUAUUCUACCACCUGCAAACAUCAGACCAGCCCGUCGGCACCACGGAGUUGACGAAGUCGUUCGGCUGGAAAUCCCUCGACUCCUUCCUCCAGCAUGACGUGCAAGAGUUCAACCGUGUCCUUCAGGACAAGCUGGAGUCGAAGAUGAAGGGUACCAUAGCCGAAGGCGCUAUCCAGAAGCUGUUCGUAGGCAAGAUGAAGAGCUACAUCAAGUGCGUGAAUGUCGACUUCGAGUCCUCCAGGAUUGAGGAUUUCAACGACAUCCAGUUGAACGUGAAGGGGAUGAAGAACUUGUACGAGUCGUUCAAGGACUACGUCGCUGUUGAGACUUUGGACGGUGAGAACAAGUACCAGGCGGAGGGAUACGGUCUUCAAGAGGCCAAGAAGGGCAUCAUCUUCCAGUCGUUCCCUCCUGUGCUCCACCUCCAGCUCAAGCGUUUUGAGUAUGACAUCCAGCGUGACGCCAUGGUCAAGAUCAAUGAUCGCCACGAGUUCCCCUUCGAAAUCGACCUGGGCGAGUUCCUCGACGAGACUGCGGACCGGACACACCCCUGGGUGUACAAGCUGCACGGCGUGCUCGUGCACUCUGGCGACCUCCACGGCGGACACUACUUCGCAUUGAUCAAGCCGGAUCGCGAGACAAGGUGGCUCAAGUUCGACGACGACCGCGUAACACCCGUCACUGAUCGGGAGGUCCUCGAAGAGAACUUCGGCGGUGAGGUGAACAAUGGUAUGGUACCGCCAAUGCAGCGGAACCAGGUCCGUGCCAUGAAGCGGUUCACGAACGCAUACAUGUUGGUGUACGUCCGUGAGAGCGCAAUCGACGACAUUCUCGCACCGUGGAAGGACGAAGACACGCCGGCUCAUCUUAAGCGUCGCCUUGAGGAGGAGCGGUUGCAGAUGGAAGCCAAGAAGCGCGAGAGAGAAGAGCAGCACCUUUACUUGACCGCGAAGGUUAUCACCGACCAGACAUUCUCGGAGCACGAAGGUUUCGACCUGGCGACUUUCGACGAGAGGAAUUGGCCUGUAACCGAUCUUCCGAGCUUCCGCGUCCUCAAGAACGAACCCUACAGCACGUUCAAGGCCCGCGUCGCACAACACUUCAACUACCCCGAGAGCCAAAUCCGUUUGUGGGUCCUUGUAAACCGACAAAACAAGACUGUCCGGCCAGACACGCACAUCCCCGAGAAUGAGCCGCAACUCACUGUGGAGGUCAUUCGCAACAACAUGGCCGUAAGGCAACAGAACGACCUUCGCCUGUACCUCGACAUCCUCCCCGACCCUUCUCAUCCUGAGACCCCUGCCGGGUCAAUCAUGAUCUUCGUCAAGCAUUUCGAUAUCGCGAACCAGAAGCUUACCGGUGUUGGUAAAGUCUACGUGCCCCGAUCGAACAAGGUUUCCGACCUUGUCCCCAUCAUCAACGAGCGCAUGCGAUUCACGCCUGGUACCCCUCUCAAGCUCUACGAGGAAAUUAAGCCGGGCAUGAUCGAGCAGAUGAAGCCCAAGCUCACGUUCACCCAGAGCGAGAUCCAGGAUGGAGACAUCAUAUGCUUCCAGGUUGAGCUGAGCGAGAAGGAGCUGCACGACUACGAGACACAAGGUCUCUACUCGAACCCCGUCCAGUACUACGACUUCCUCCAGAACCGCGUCAUGAUUCUGUUCAAGCCCAAGUUCGAGGAGUCGGACCCGGAGCACCCCGAAUUCCAUCUCACGUUGAGCAAGAAGCAGAACUACGAUGUGAUGUCUGCAAAAGUAGGCGAGCGGCUGAACUGGGACCCCAUCAAGCUCCGCUUUACGACGAUCCACUCGAACGGCUCACCAAAGGCCGUGCUGAAGCGCUCACUGAACCAGAGCAUACAGGAGAUCAUGUCGCCCGCGUACGUCACGCCACAGACGACGGUGAUCCUGUACGAGAAGCUCGACGUGAGCAUCGUCGAGCUCGAGACGAAGCGCUCCCUCAAGGUCGUCUGGACCGGGAUCCACAACAAGGAGGAGGCGACGCACCCCUUCCUGCUGCCGAAGACGAACUCCGUGCACGACCUCGGGCUCGAGCUCGCGAAGCUCGUGAAGCUCACCCCUGGGGGGUCGGGCAAGAUCCGCGUGUUCGAGGUGUCCAAGGACGGCAAGACGCAGAAGGAGUUCACCGGCUCCGAGAUGAUCGGCAACAUCCCGGACCCGGUCGAGCUGUAUGCGGAGGAAAUCCCCCGGGAAGAGCUCGAGGCGGACGACGCGGACAAGGUGAUCAGCGUCUUCCACUUCUCGAAGGAGGUGUCGCGGACGCACGGUGUCCCGUUCCGCUUCGUCGUCAAGCCGGGCGAGAAGUUCGCGGAGACGAAGAAGCGUCUCCAAGAGCGGAUAGGCGUGUCCGACAAGGAUUUCGCAAAGUACCGCUUUGCGCUCAUACAAGUCGCGACCUUCAAGCAACCAUCGUACAUCGAAGACGAGGACACGAUCUACGACCACAAGUUCGCGCCAGAGGACGUGCUCGGCCUAGAUCACGUAGACAAGUCAGGAAAGACUCGCACGGGUGCGGGGGAGAAGGCGAUCGUCAUCCGUGGAUGAUGAUGGGUCUGCCUCGUCGUUCGCGUUCUGAGUCGUGUUCUUCAAUAGCUGCAUCCGGUCUCCAUCACAUGUACUUCUGUCGACUUCCUAGCGUUUCCCACUGUAUAACGACCAGCCAUUCACAAACGAGGGACUGUACACCAUUCCCGAUCGUAUUGCGUACGAAUAACAACGAACAAGGAAAUAAUUAUGACCGAGAGUCUACUUUCGCUUCUUCGACUUCUUCGACGAAGAGGAUUUCGACGGAGACCGUGGUGACGAUGGCGUCGAGACAGACACGUCGCUGUCGCUAAAUGCACCGCUGUCGGCGCCUGCGCUGGGUGGUGCCAGUCCGUUCGACGAUUUGGCAGAGGAGGGCGUCUCUGGACGCGCAGGAGUGGAGGGCGUCGAGGGUAGGGACGGCGACGCGGCAAGCUGUGGAGUUGAAGGUGCAGGGGUGGCAGGUGCGGGCGGAGGGGCCUCGACGGCGAACUUGGGGAGGGCUGACUUGCCAUACUUGCGCUCAGCUUCUGCGCGAAUGGACGGGAUUUGCUCGACUAGAGCACGCAUUUUCUCGUUGUGCAUCAUCUCGGUCGCCGUUUGGAAGAUCACGCUGCCCCAGCCUUCAACAUACGCGUUUGCUUCCGCCGCUACCUCCAGGAUCUCCGCCUCCAUUUCCUUCUCGGCGGCGAGCAAGCUGUUCCAGAGAUCAUCUCCAAUAGAGCCUUUCUGGAGGAGAUUCUGCAGAGCGGGCUUGUCCUCCCGGAGACGGAUAAUACGAGUGACAUCGGUCAUGGCACGGCGGACCAAGGCGGCCUUCAAGAGAGAUUCGGAAGCAGGAGGAUCGGACAUUUGCAUGAGAGAGAAGUAGACAUCGCGUUCGUGGUGCGGAGGGAAGUAGGACUCGUAGACUUUCUGCGCGUUGCGCCGCCUGUAAAAGUAGCUGAAGACGAGAAGACUGCCGAAGACGAUGAAGACGUAGAGGACGGGGAUGAGGACG